UGAGUCCUCCCUCCUCACUCCACCUGAGUCCUCUCUACUGACACCAUGGGUUGCUGUGGUUGUGGUGGCUGUGGUGGUGGCCGCAGUGGUUGUGGUGGCUGCGGUGGUGGCUGCAGUGGUGGCUGUGGUGGUUGUGGCGGCUGCGGCGGUGGUUGUGGUGGCAGCUGCACCACCUGCAGGUGCUACCGGGUGGGCUGCUGCUCCAGCUGCUGCCCCUGCUGCCGCGGCUGCUGUGGAGGCUGCUGCAGCACACCUGUGAUCUGCUGCUGCCGCCGCACCUGCAGCUCGUGUGGCUGUGGCUGUGGGAAGGGCUGCUGCCAGCAGAAGGGAUGCUGCCAGCAAAAGUGCUGCUGCCAGAAGCAAUGCUGCUGCUAGGUGGGCCCCCGGCCUCUGGGCAGGGGCUGCAGACACUCAGGCUGUUGGUAAGACUUCGGGUCUGCAGGUGCUACCCUUGCUGCGGCUUUCCUCCAUCUCCUCCCGUGUGCUCCCUGCUGUCUCCCUGUCACCUGGACUUCAUGAUAGUUUUCUCUUUGGUUUUCAUGCUCUGUAGUUUAAAUCAUUCUUUCUAUUAUUAAGGUAGUUACAUGGACAUUUGAUACAAUGCCAUUCAAAGACAAAGACUCAGGACAUUUUGAGUUUUGAGCUCAGCAAAGCAGGAUAAUGAUUUUUACCAUGUUUUCUUCUUUGUGCAUUAGUUCUUGUGUGUUCCAAAUACCCUCUGUCUUUUCUGUGGCCAUAGAGUCUUUUCUAGGUGUUCUCCUAAAAUUUUUAUUUUUUUGUUUUUAACUUUUACAAAUUCUUGGUCUUUAGUGCUCUAAUUUUGAUUACAUCAAACAAAAAUAUUUUUUCCCUUUGUAGUAACUCAUCUAUAUUUUUAAUUUGAAAAAACUGAUACAUAAUAGAUAUAGAUAUUUGAGGGGGUACAUGUAAUAAAUUAAUAUAUUUCUAUAAUAUGUACUAAUUAAUUCAGGGUAAUUGGGAUAUUCAUCACUUUAAACCUUUUUCUUUUAUUCUGGGAAAUUCAAAUUAUUCUCACUGUUUUGGAACAGGUAAUAGAUUGUUGCUUACUAUAGUUCACUAUUUACCAAGCACUAGGUCUUGUUCCUUCUAACUAUAUUUUUGUACCCAUUAAUCAACCAUUCUUCAUCUAAAAAAUUUCAUAAUAAAAUGCAAAAGUGAACUCUGAA